AUGGGUUCUCAUGGUGAAACGGUACCAUCGGCGCCUACAAUAGCCUUUGGAACCGAUAUUCGAGAGCAAUGCUUCUCUUUUGCUAAGAGCUACCAUCCUCUCAACCACGAAUACCAAAGACGAUUACAGGACGAGAGCGAGGCGAGGCCAGACACGUUCAUGCGAUAUACCUACCCCAAGCUCCUCAGGGAAAGCAAAGCCGCAAUCGCGCCCCUCCUCGGAGCGGACCCUGGCGAAGUCGUUUUCGUUCAGAACGCCACCACGGGGGUUAACACCGUGCUCCGAAACAUGAAGUUUCAGGCUGGCGAUGUAAUCGUUUACUUCAAUACGAUAUACGGUGCCUGCUUCAAGACUAUUCAGUCACUUUCGGAAGAUCGGCCACUAUCGUCGCACGCGAUUGAGAUUGCGUACCCCAUCGAUGACGACGAAAUUCUACAGCGAUUUCGAUGUGCCGUGGAGGAAGUGAGAAUGAAGAGAAAGACACCGGUACUUGCAAUGUUCGAUAGCGUCCUCACAAGCCCCGGGGUCAGGUUCCCAUUUGAGAGAUUAGUGAAAGUUUGUAAGAACCUUGAGAUCUUGAGUUUGGUGGACGGCGCCCAUGGUGUCGGCCACAUUGAUUUGACUCAUCUUGGUGAUGAGGUUAGGCCUGACUUUUUCAUCAGCAACUGCUACAAAUGGUUGAUGGUCCCGAGGGGGUGCGCCGUCCUCUACGUACCAUUCCGGAACCAAGCCAUGUUCUCUUCGACGGUGCCCACAUCAUGGGGCUACGAGAUCGAAGAGAUUCGAAAUAAGAUGAAUGCGCGAGACUACUUCUCAAAGUUGUUCGACAAGAUCUCUACAACAGACAACACACCCUAUUGCUGUAUACCCGCGGCACUCGAAUUCAGGGCCCGAGUCUGCGGUGGUGAGACGAAUAUUCGGGAAUACUGUGAAAAGAUUGCGCGUCAAGGAGGCAACGUAAUGGCAGAGAUACUCGGUACAGAAGUCCUCGGCCCAUCAUCCGCUUCGUUUCGGCAGUGCUGCUUCGUCAAUGUUCGCCUCCCCUUGACUUUGGCGGACCUCAACGUCGAAGCGUCAGCGGGACGGGAAAUAGCGAAAUGGAUACAAGAGCUGACGCCGGCCGAGUACGAGACUUACAUCCCCAUCAAGUUCUAUGCAGGCGGCUUUUGGUGCCGGAUCAGUGGUCAGGCGUACCUCACGCUGGAAGAUUUCGAGUGGGCGGCAGAAACUUUGCUCCUAAUCUGUAAGCGGGCAAAGGCUGGGGAGUGGAAAUGA